AUGGCAAGUAGAGACAAUGAUCAGCCGUCUCAGACUCUUGCCAAACCCACCUUAAAUGAGACACAAGCUUCAGUCCUAGUGGAAUCGCUCUUUGGAUUAAAAGUCUUUCGGAUCGAGCCGCUUCCUAGCUACAAUGGCCAAAAUUUCCUGGUGUUCAUUUCAACAACUGAAACACAACCAGAUGAUCAGCGUCUACCUGACUUUGUGCUCAAGAUAAACACCGCUGUGUCCAACGACAUCCCAGUUUUGUUUGACGUGAUUAGUCAUGUCAGCAUAUUUCUACAGGCUGCUGGCUUUCCAACCGCCUCUUUGUGUCUUAGUAAGAAAAAUAAUAUCAUUUCUGUCAUCAACUUAGAUCAUGGUUCUGUAACCAAGAGCCACCUGGUGAGGCUGCUGACCUACCUCCCAGGACGCCCGGCAGCAGAGGUCCCCAUUACUCCUCAGCUAUUAUUUGAAAUGGGAAGGGUUGCUGCCCAAAUGGAUCAAAAAUUGGAGGAUUUCCAGCAUGCACAAUUAAGUGCUCUCCAUAGAGAGAAUUUCGUCUGGAAUCUGAAAUAUGUGCCUCUUCUAGAGAGGUAUUUGGGUGCCUUGAGCUUGAGUGAUAAUCGAGAAGUAAUUGGCCAUAUCAUUCAGCAGUACAGGGAGGAGGUAGUCACCAAAUUCAGUCAGUUUAGAGAAUGUAUCAAUCAUGGUGACCUGAAUGAUUAUAAUAUUUUAGUGGAACCCAGGAAGUUAGCCUCGGGUGAGUCUGUGUACCAAGUGUCUGGGAUUUUAGAUUUCGGAGAUAUGAGCUAUGGCUACUAUGUGUUCGAAGUUGCCAUCUUGAUCAUGUAUAUGAUGCUGGAAAGUAAGAAUCCCAUACAGGUUGGGGGUUAUAUCCUUGCAGGAUUUGAAAGCAUUGUUCCACUGACAUAUGUAGAGAGGAGUGCUUUGUACCUGCUUGUAUGUGGUCGGUUUUGUCAGUCCCUUAUCAUAGGGGCAUACUCGACCCAUGUCCACUCACAUAACAGCGACUUUCUCGUUAUUAAUACAAGACAGAGCUGGAAGAACUUACAGAGAAUGCUUGACCUGGGCCAGAACGCUGUAGAAGAAGUCUGGUUCGAAACGGUCAAGUCUUAUAAAGCUGGUAAAAAUUCUCAGUAA